AUGACCGUCCCAAGGUCAAACCGAGCGGUCGUCCUGGCCGCUGUGGUCUUUAUCACCAUAUUUCUCGGUCUGGCGCAUUUCCACCUAAAGACGCCCAGCGAAACGGCCAUCCCAAGCAACAAAAGCAGCAACGAUAACAACGGCGAAGUCGACGAGCCUGCGCCUUUCAUCCCCGAGAAAGAAGCCGCCGCUGUGGCCCCGACUUUCGUUCCCGCUGUAGACGAAGGAAUUGGCGGUGCACCCGCUGUCGAGACCGUCACCGAAGUCGUCGAGGUUGAGCCAACACCAACACCGACCCCUCCCACCGCGGCCGACGCUGAGGCCGAGCACGACCACGACCACGAGCAUGAACAUGAACACAAAGUCACUCCCCAGAAGCCCGAUUUCGAUCCUGAAGAGGCUCCCAGCGACCCUGAAGAGCUCGCUGCCGCCGAAGCAGCCAACACCCCAACUCCUGUUCCUACUCCUUCUCCCGCCGACGAGGAAGAGUCUUUCGCUACACCCGAUGAACUCUCCGAAGCUCCCGCCCUGCCCGAAACCGUUUCCUCCGAAUUCAACCUUGAUGCCUUUACCCCCGAAAAAUGGAUUCGCCCCGCCGUAAAGGUCAACGAUCCUGAAUACUACCCCUACGGCCACUGGCCCUCCAAGCUCCCCUCCGACAAGCCCAUCUGGAACGAGCCUUUAGGCAAGAAGCUUUGCAUCGUCGAUCUUGAAAGUCGUCGUUUCGAUAAGCCUGGUUACCUAUGGUCGAACGAGAUGACCUGGAACAAGAGCCGAGAAGUCCACGGCCCGUCUGGUGGCACAUUGAACCACUGGGUCUACGCCAAGAUCCACGGAUACCAGUACUACCACAUCAAGAUCAACAGCUACCCCGACCGUCGCGAUUCCUGGAAGAAGCCCUCUGUCCUCGCACAAGUCCUCAAGAAGCAUGACGUCUGUGUCUUCAUUGACUCUGACGCCCUCUUCAACCGCCUCGAUCUCCCUCUCGAGUGGCUCAUGAACUACUGGAGCAUCACCCCCCAGAACAACUCCAUGGCUCUGCCUUUCGACCCCGACACCCAGCACAACCGCGACCGAAGGGGCAACCUGUUCCUCAACACUGGUUUCAUGAUCAUGCAGAACAAGAAGAAGACCUACGAAAUUUUCAAGGAGUGGGAUGAUUGUGCCAACGAUGGCGGCCGCUUCCCUGGUUGUACCGAGUUCCGCAACCGCAAGGGUUGGCAACCCACCGAUCAAGGUGGUUUCGGCACUUUCAUUCGCUACGCCUACGACAGCGAGAUUCUCUCGCUGCCCUGUACAGAGGCCAACGGUUUCCCUGAAAGCAACUCAGGCUGUGAUGGCAAGUUCAUCAAGCACGUCUGGAUUGGCAAGGAGGAUCGCCUUGUCCAGGCUGUCGGUGCUGUGUUCCCCGGUGUCCUGCUCGAGACCUUCCACAAGCAAUUCCUCAAGGAGUCAGAGAGCUUCAAGACUUCCGAGGACGAGCUUAUCGCUGCCAAUGGACGUCCGUGGUAA